UAUCUUUUACUUCGAUACAGAAAGAAUAAACAAGCAACGCUUAACUAAUUGGAAAAAUGUUACAUUCAUGAAAUUUUGUUUUUGAAAAUUAAAUAGACUUCAGGUUCAAAAUCAUAUGAUACUUUGAAACAUAGCAGUGAUUUAACAACUGUUCCAACAGCAAUCAAAUUCUGUAUUAAAUAUUACCCAUACACAGUGCGCAAGCUUCAUAACAAGUCGGUAUUUGUUAGACUGCCCCAUCUCUUCGCAGUUCUCACCGACACCAACAGCGAGCAGCUGUUAUUGUAAACACAGCUCGUACACCGAUCGCACCGUAGUCGGCUUGGAUAACAACAUAUCAAAUGCGAUUAUAAAAAAGUGCCAACGUACAAGGCCUACUUGGAUGGCAAUUUUAGUUUCAACUGAUUGUUGGUUGCAAAUUAGAGAUAAUUCCGCUAGAAUUCAAUCGGAUCUUUAGUUAUUCGUGAUCGUGCAGUAUCAAGUAACAUGGCACCGUUUGAUUAUCUCUCGAUGAAAGAUAUGCUGGCUUCGUCCGCAACCAUAUCAACAGUAUUGCAGUUUUUAACUGGAUCUGUGAUAUGCCACCGAUAUAUUAGGAAAAAGUCAACCGGAGAGACGUCUGCUUUUCCAUUUGUGUCGGGAUUCCUGUCAUGUUCUCUAUGGUUGAAAUACGGAUUGUUGUCGGAAGAGCAUACAAUAAUAUUCGUCAACACCAUAGGAUCAGCCUUGUUCUUCGCAUAUGUAAUAAUUUACUUUACAUUUUCCGUGAACAAACGAACGGUAGUUCGACAAUUCUUGGCAGUUUGUUGCUUUAUAUUGGCGUGCAGCGUUUACACAAAAUAUGAGUCUGAUUCCGAAGUAGCUCUAAGAGUUAUAGGACUUAUCUGUUGCGGUGUUGGAGUAUUAUUCUUUGCAUCACCACUGACCGUGUUAGCCCAAGUGAUACGAACUAAAAACACAGAGAGUCUGCCAUUCCCCAUAAUUGUUUCGUCAUUUUUCGUAUCCCUUCAGUGGUUUGUGUAUGGAAUGUUGAUUGAAGACAGCUUCAUCCAGAUACCAAAUCUUUUGGGCUGCAUUUUGUCUUCCAUUCAACUAUUGCUAUACGCAAUCUAUCCCAACCGUAAACUGUAUUCGGAUGGUGGACCAUCGUACCAGCCACUACGUUCAGAUGCCAAUGUCCUUUGAAAGGAGCCACGAAGUUUAUUUGGUGAUAACUAAACAGCAAGGUUGUUUGAACACUUUUCAAAUAAGUAUUUAUUAGACCUUUGUGAUCAGUAUAUUAUGUAAAUAUAAAAACCUGAAAGUAGAAAUAUAAUGACGAUUCGAUAUACGAAA